AACGUUCUCAUCAUGGUGGACUCAUCAUCAGAAGAUCUGAAUGUGAGGAUCCAGACCAAAGAGGAAGAGCUGAAGCUACGUCUGCUCGGCUACAACAAUGGAGACAAACAUCAGCACCUGCAGUUUCAGAGCUCUGACGGGGUCCUUUUUAAAGUCACAGAUGGAGACGUUCGUCUCUUUCAGAUGGAAGCUUUCAAAGUGACUCUGAAACAGUCUCAGGUGGACUGUCGUUUGGACCUCAGCUCUCAGAGAAAUCUGUCAAAGGUCCAUACUGUCCAAGGAUGUCCCUCACAGUCCAAUGACAUAUCAGGGAACAGUGAGGACAACGCUCUGAUUGGUGGGUGGAAGGAUGACGCUUUGGAUGGAGGAGGCGGAGACGACACACUGAUAGGAGGACAUGGAGCUGACAUCCUGAUUGGUGGGACUGGAGACGACACUCUCUAUGGUGAGGAUGGAAACGACACGCUGAUUGGAGACUCUGGCAGGGACGUCUUCAUUCCUGGACCAGGGUCUGAUCUGGUGGACGGAGGUCCUGGCAGAGACACUGUUCUGUACCGGGGGGAUCAUGAGACGGGUAAAGGGGUUUAUGUUAACCUGCUGAGUGGACAAGGACGCUUUGCUGACGCUGAGGGAGACGUGUUGAAGGACGUGGAAACUGUGGUCGGCACCAUCUACUCUGACAUCUUGGUGUCCGGAUAUGAAAGCGCUCUUCUCCAAGGCUCAGAUGGUAACGACAUCUUGGUGUCCACAGGUGGAGAUUACCUGGUUGGUGGUGAAGGAAACGACGUCUACAUGUUGGCUUUCCACCGCGGCUCAGCUACCAUUGAUAACUGUGCUAAAGACAAAGCCACAGAUGUCCUGUACUUGGACUUGGAGUCAUCAGCGUUGUUUGACUGCCAGCUUUUAUCAGACAGAGUCCUCCUGACUUUCACUGGAGCCAAUCAGACUGCUGUAAAAGUUGGACUGAGAGGCUGGACCAGUGAUGGUGGUGAAUGUAGUCAUUUGGUGCUGGUUUUCAGAGAUGAAGAGGCGUCAGUGAAUGGUCUGCUAGAAGAGAGUCAUGUCAGAGUGAAUGACUUCUGGGUCAGAGGUGGAUCAGAGAGAGUGGACACCUGUGACGGUUCAAUUCCCUGAACAGCUGGAAAACGAUGGGAUGGAUGAUUCAGAGCUGAUGACCCUCAUGGGAAGCAUACUCAUUUCCAGUUUAAUCUCUCCGAUGUUUUUGCUUAAUUCGCAGCGCUUGUAGCAUGUUGAGGCAGAGAAGUCGCCGCCAAGAAGAUUCAUGUUUGAUAUUUUCCACAAUUUACCGUCUAAUUUUCUAUUUUACAAACGUCUAAAAUCACUGCAAGAAGAAAGCUGGCGAGAUGAAAAAUUCCCCAGUGUCGAUGUUUCUGAUCACAAAAAAAACCCCCCAAAACUAAACUGAAAUGUUUUAAAAAGCAGAAAACAGAAAUCUGACUUGUUUUCAUGAACUGGCCUGAAAUGAACAAACUGGGGAGUCAGCAGAUGGAGGGAGGGGGUGUAACUCGAAUAUACUUCCUCCAGUCCAACCCGAGACUAACCUGGAGAAGAACUGUGGAGGAACAUGGAGAGCCCUUCCAUCUCUGGGAAUAUCUGGAAUACAAAACCAUAUCUAGGAAAAGCUCUAGACAGGAAUCCAAACCUUCCAUGGAAACAUGAAUCAUGUUGAUCUGGAUGGAAAAGCUUUUCCAUUUUUAACAUCAUGGCUGUCUGAUUGUAAAACAUCUGUUCACAUCUGUGAGCGUCAGAUUUACGCAGCUCAGAGAAGAUAAAUGACCAGAAACCACAGCUCCCACUUCAUCAGACUGGCCGAGGCAGCCGUCUGCUUCAUGGUGGUCAACAAUCUCUGAGGAACGUUUCCUAAAAGCAGCGUCACCAACCAGAAAGCAGGUUCUCACCAUUUACAGCGUCGUAAAGACCAGAACUGCCUAAAUAAAUGAGUUAAUAUAGUAAUUAAUGAAUAAAGAAGUGAGUAAGUAAAUUUAAACAUACCAAUCAAUUCAAAUUGUUUGUAUUUGGUUAUUUAUGGAUUUCUAAAUUCUAAAUCUUUUUUCUUUAAUUUACUUUAUAUUUAUUGGCACACUUGUUUUUAUUUUCUAGAUCUAGUAUUUCCACCCGUUUAUGUAUGUUAACCCCAUAAUGCCUGAAUUUAUUCACAAUUCUGUAAAAACAAAAUAUAGUUAAAAGAAAAUCAGGGAUAAAAUGAAAAAGUAUAAUUAAAUAUUAAAUAAUCUAAUAAUGAUAAAUAAAUACACAAACAGGAGUGAAUAAAAGCUAAUAAAUAAAUGAAUGAGAUAAAAAGAAAUAUAAUACAGAUCAGAAGUGGCA